CAGUCUCCAACUCCACCAACGCACUCGACUCGUCAAAAACAUAUGAAUCGUGGAUUAAUACAGUCGAUAUAUCGCGCGCCACGAACAAGAAACACUCCGAUUGCCGAUAUCGUAAUGAAUUAAUAAUAGCGGUUGUGUCGAGCGAGAAAAUGUGCUGUGUAUGCUGGUAAUUAGUGCCCAACUCACUCGUCAUCGAGCCCAAAUACGUAGGAUAUAGGACCACAACAAACACACAGCGAGAUGCGAUCUCUCGGCAUAUCGGUGAUAAGCGUAGCGCUUACCACCUUGGUGGUGGCGAAUGCCUACUAUCAAAAGAAACAAUUCUAUCCCUCAGUGGUGUACAUAACUAAAUCUAAUCCUAGCAUGGCUGUUAUUUACAUUCAAGCAUUCAUAUGUGUAUUCUUGAUGGGCAAAAUUAUGCGAAAGGUAUUUUUCGGCGAGUUACGGACGUCGGAGUUUGAGCACUUGAUGGAGAGGUCAUGGUAUGCUAUUACUGAGACAUGUCUGGCAUUCACAGUGUUUAGGGAUGACUUCAAUCCAAAAUUCGUCGCGUUAUUUACGUUACUUCUGUUUUUGAAAUCGUUCCAUUGGUUGGCUGAAGAUAGAGUUGACUUUAUGGAAAGAAGUCCAAUCAUAAGUAUGCUUUUCCACAUUAGAGUUUUAGGUCUCUUGCUGGUGUUGGGCAUGCUUGAUGUGUAUUUUGUUGGACAUGCAUAUCAGUCAACAGUUUCAAAAGGCGCAUCUGUUCAACUAGUCUUCGGUUUUGAGUACGCGAUUCUCAUCACGAUGGCGAUUAACAUCUCCAUCAAAUACUCACUAUACUCGUUCGAUUUGAACAGUGAAACUCCCUGGGACAACAAAGCAGUAUUUCUGCUUUACACCGAAUUGAUUAUGGGUCUAAUCAAGGUGAUUCUGUACGCUGCAUUCGUUAUUAUCAUGAUACGCAUCUACACGCUGCCUCUAUUUGCGCUGCGACCUAUGUAUUACACGCUGCGAAACUUUAAAAAAGCAUUCAACGACGUGAUACUAUCACGUCGCGCUAUUCACAACAUGAACACAUUGUACCCAGAUGCGACGCUUGAAGAACUCACCGCAGGCGACAAUGUCUGUAUUAUUUGUCGCGAGGAAAUGACCACCGCUGCGAAAAAACUACCAUGCAAUCAUAUAUUUCACGCGGCGUGCCUGCGCUCGUGGUUCCAGCGCCAGCAGACAUGUCCCACAUGCAGGUUGAAUAUUCUGCGGACGCCUGCUCCUACUCCCACACCCGCAGCUGCGGAAAAUAGACAAGCUAGGCCACAAAUGCCGCAGCCACCUAACAUGCCUAAUGUGGCGUUUAAUAUGCCCAAUCCCUUCAUGAUGCUCAACAAUAAUUUGAGGAAUGUCUUAAAUGGACAGGCGCAAGGAGGUCCUCAAGCUGGUGUUGCUGGUAAUGUACCACAACCCGGACAAACUGGUGCUGAUGGCGCACCGAACAUUCCACCUUUCUUCCCCUUCCCGCCGAUGGGUUUCAUGACGCCACCGCCGAUGCCGCCGCCGAAUUUGUUUUCGAUUUCAUUAGAGCAGUUGCGGCGUAUGGAGGGUAACGGAGAACAUGUUGAGGCGAGAAUUCAAUGGUUGAGAAAUGUUCAGCUUAUGUUGGAUGCUGCUGUAUUAAUGAUGCAACAGUACAAUACAGCCGCAGCCAUUUCCUAUCGAUGCCAAAUGCGACCGCCGAUAAUUCACCGGCGUCGACGACUGAAAACGCGGCGGGGCUGCCGGUGAUUCCAACAAUACCAACACCAGCACCAGCGAAGCUGGCACUGCCAGUGGCAGUACAACAACUAACAGUUUUCCACCUGCGAGUGACAAAAUGAUGUAGACAAGCUCGGCGCGAUGCCGUCGACCAGUUCAAGCGCGCCAGCUGCAGAUGAUGAGAAUGCAACUGCUGAGUCCAUGCUACGGCGGCGCCGUUUGCAAAAGUUUGAAGAACCACAAGACCAACAACAGGCGCCCGCGUCGUAAUUGAAAUCAGCGGUGCUAUUUGUUUUUAAAAUUUGUACAAGAUUCUUAUGAUUUCCGGUCAUUUCCCAAGCGAACAAUUUUGCAGUGCGAAACCAAUCGACGGUAAUGUCUCGUGGCGAAGGUUUGCGCCGAUAUAUUUAACGGCACGAUGAUUUAUGUUCUUUCCAUUAAAAUUACUAUUAUUACUAUUGUUUGGUUUAUGAUUGAAUCGUUUGGUACUGAUAUGAUUAUUAUAUGCAGUUAUAAUAAAUAAUUUAUUAUAUA